AUGGCCCCCACAGAACUUACCAGCAGGCCCAAGCUUUGCCAUAGUUCCAUCGAAAUGUGGCAGCGAUCCAAAGAAGAUUGGAUUGAUCGAUCGACAAAUGCAUUCCAAAACUCCAAAAAUCGCGCCCAGAAAUCGACUGCAGACGCAUGGAAUCAUUCCAAGAGCCGGGCUCAACAAUCCACCAUGCAAGCCUGGACCAGCUCAAAAUCUCGCACUCAGCGAGUGUCAAUGGGUGCCUGGAACAAGUCGAUCGACGCAUGGGUUAACUCCAAGGAACGAUGUCAGGAGUCAGCAACCAGUGCGAUGGAUCGAUCGGUCGCCAAGUGGAACCAGUCGGCGGACCAAAUGCACCAAGCCGUCUGCGUGCAGCAAUCAUUGAACCGUCGCUCGACGCGACCGAGCCAAAAGAAAGACAACGCCUCGCCGCCGUCAUCGCCCGACUCAACAAAAUCCACAUCCCGAUUUUACGCGCAAUCGAACCCCUCGACACCAGCUUCGCCGGUCAGCAAAGUUGAAGUGCCCGUGGCAAUCACAAAACCUGUGCAGCCUUCAUCAGUUGUGGAUUCUGCUUUGUCUGCCAAAGACCAGAUUGGAGCAUUGCACGACGCUGCCACCGCUACCGGUUCUCUGGUAGAGCGAACAAAACAACUCCGUGAUGACAGGAACCAUGUUCUAGGCGAGAUCGAGCUUGAGUGGGUAAACUCCACCAUCGCCGAGGCCGACAGCACAUCCAGCGAUCUAUCGAAAUUUAUAGAACCAUUCUGGGCUGCUCAAUACAACAAAGAUACCACAGAACGUAAGAGCUGGAGCCGCCGUGACAUCCAACGGGCCCUGAAGAAGGAAUCCCGUAUGCUCGAUGCUCACAGCAAAGUCGAAACGGUCUUCGGACACCUCGAAUCCCUACCCGCAGAGUUGAGCAUCAGCAGCACCGAGCUCAAGGAUGUAGAAUCCCCCACCUCUCAAGGCAUUGCGGAACUUCCCACCACACGCGUGGUAUUUAUCGCCGAGCUUCCCGGGGACUCACCGAUUGAGAGCCCUUGCGCCGGUUUGCCUUCGUCCAUCUCUAUUCCAACGAUUGUGGUGACACAAUACGAGGGUAGCGACGAUGAUGUCUCACCUGUUCGAGGGCGCAGCCCUCCAAGUUACGAAGCGAGUGCGCUCCCAGAUGUGAAGGAGAUGCGAUAG